AUGGCCUGCUGCGCUACUAGCUUCUGUGGCUUUCCCACAUGCUCCACUGGUGGCACCUGUGGCUCCAGCUGCUGCCAGCCCAGCUGUUGUCAGCCCAGCUGCUGCCAGCCCAGCUGCUCCCAGUCCAGCUGCUGCCAGCCCAGCUGCUCCCAGUCCAGCUGCUGCCAGCCCAGCUGCUCCCAGUCUAGCUGUUGCCAGCCCAGCUGCUGCCAGCCCACAUGCUGUCAGACCAGCUGCUGUGGAACUGGCAGUGGCCAGGAGGGUGGCAGUGGAGGCGUGAGCUGCCGCGUUAGAUGGUGCCGCCCAGACUGCCGCGUGGAGGGCACCUGCCUGCCCCCCUGCUGCGUGGUGAGCUGCACACCCCCAACCUGCUGCCAGCUGCACCAUGCCCAGGCCUCCUGCUGCCGCCCCUCCUACUGUGGACAGUCCUGCUGCCGUCCAGCCUGCUGCUGCUACUGCUGCCCGCCCAGCUGCUCUGAGCCCAGCUGCUGCCAGCCCAGCUGCUCUGAGCCCACCUGCUGCCAGCCCACUUGUUAA